AUGUCAAAUGAUGAAUACAGACAAUAUGAUAUUAUUAAAAAGCAUUUAGGUUUACUAGAUAAUGAAAACGUUCAAUUAAUUAAUAAUCAUUUGAAAGAUUUAUUCCAAAAAUCUGGCGGUCAAUCAUUGUUCAAUUUUAAGGAUCUGGUAAAACAGAAUGGUGGGGAAGACUUUGAACAAUCAUUUAUCCGAGAAUAUUUUGACUCAUUCAAUUUAUCUACAAGUAGAAAAAGGCGUUUGGAUGAUAAUAUAUAUGAAGGUAUUGUAAUUUCAACACCACCUUAUGGAGCAUUUAUUGAAUUUAACAAUACUUCUGGAUUAUGUCAUAUUUCACAAAUAUCAUAUGAUGGGUCGAGAACUGAAACUUCAUCUAUAUUGAAACCAAAUGAAAAGGUAUUCGUCAAAAUAAUAGAUGAAAAACCUAAUGGGAAAAUUUCAUUAUCAAUGAGAGGUAUCAAUCAAACUACUGGUGAAUUAGAUCGAGGAAGAGGCAUUCAUAAAACAACGAAAACUAAAAGGAAGAUGACUUCCCCUGAAAGAUGGGAAGCAAGACAAUUAAUAGCAUCUGGUGCUGCAAGUAUGGAAGACUAUCCAGAUUUGAAUGAGUUUGAUAAUGAUGGUGAUGAUAACAACCCUAUUCAUCACGAACCAGAAAUUGAUACAGAAAUUGAACUAAAUAAUUCGAGGCCAAGCUUUUUGAAACAACCAACAAGUAAAGAAUGUAUGACUAUGAAUACGAUAUUAAGUAUGGACGGUGCUAUGACAAAAGCUAUAUCAAAUGGUUCAGAAUUAGCUAAAAAAUUUAGAGAAGAUAAAAUUAAAGAGCAGAAACUGAAACUUAAUAAGAUUGAAGAUCCAUUAUUUGAAGAAGCAACAGAAACUAAAAUUGCUGAAUGGAAAAAAUCCAAAAAGGUAUCAUUUAGUAAACCAACUACAAUGUCAAUUGACGAACAAAGAAAAUCCUUACCUGUAUUUAAUAUGAGGAAUGACCUUAUAGAGCAAAUAAAAAAUAAUCAAUUUCUCGUAAUUGUUGGUGAAACUGGUUCUGGUAAAACAACUCAAAUAGUUCAAUAUCUAUAUGAAGAAAAAUUGAACAUAAUCAAUGGAGAAUCAAAAAUAAUUGGAUGUACUCAACCAAGAAGAGUUGCAGCUACAUCUGUUGCAAAAAGAGUAUCAGAAGAAGUUGGUUGUACCUUGGGUGAAGAAGUUGGUUAUAAGGUUAGAUUUGAUGAUAAUACAUCUUUUAAAUCAAAGAUUAAAUAUAUGACUGAUGGAAUGUUGGAAAAAGAAGCAUUAACUGAUCCUGAAAUGAAGAAAUAUGCAAUAAUUAUGUUGGAUGAAGCUCAUGAAAGAACCAUUGCAACAGAUGUAUUAUCUGUUUUAUUGAGAAAAGCUGCUUUAGCCAAUUCAGAUUUAAAAGUUAUAGUUACAUCCUGCCACUAUGGAUUCUAA